AUGGCGGCUACUGCGGCGGCGGCGGCGGCGGCGGGUGGCGUGGGGGACUGCGCGAUGAAGCCGCUGCAGAGCGCCAUGAAGUUGGCCCACGGAGCCAUUGAGCUAGACGCUGGCAACCAGCCUCUGGAGGCUUAUCUCGAGUACCUGAAGAGCAUCCACUACAUUUCCCAGGUGCUGCUGGAAGAAGCAGAGACUACAAAAGAGGGGGGAGACACUGUGACCCCAGACACUCCAAAGAUGCUAAAGCUGGCUGAGCAGUGUUUGGAGAGGGCCAAGUCAACAGCUGCCAAACUGGGGACAACUCAAUUGAAACCAACCAUACCUGUGGCUAUUCCAGGCCACAACCCAGCCAGCCGACACCGCAGAGUAUAUUCAGAUGAAGGAGGAAAGUUGUGUCCCUUUCUGCCCCCUGAAGUCUUCCAGAAGCUGCAGGUGGUUGAGGCACAAAGUUCUAAGAAGGAACUGACUCCCCUGGAAGAAGCUUCGUUACAGAAUCAGAAGUUGAAAGCUUCUUACGAAGCUCGGCUGGCGCGACUGAAUCCCAGCCAGGCAGUACAGAAGACAUCCCUGACUCUGUCCCUGCAGCGGCAAAUGAUGGAGAACUUGGUGAUUGCUAAAGCCCGAGAAGAGACACUACAAAGAAAGAUGGAAGAGCGCAGGCUGAGGCUGCAGGAAGCUGCAAACAGGAGGUUCUGUAGCAGGGUGACCCUGACUCCGGAAGAGCAAGAACAGCGGGCUCUCUAUGCUGCUAUCCUGGAGUAUGAGCAAGACCACGACUGGCCAAAACUUUGGAAAGCCAAACUGAAGAGAAACCCCAAUGACCUCUCCCUGGUGACAGGCCUGGUGUCCCACCUCCUCAGUUUUCCUGACCAUCCAGUCUCCCAACUGCUGAAGAAGCUACAGUGUGCCGUGUACAACAGGUUGUACCCCAUUAUCAGCAAGCACGCUACCACUGACUCCAAGACCAGCCUGGGUUUCCCUUCCCUUUCCCUGGACGCAGAUGGGCUUCUGGCCCCUGGCAGUCGGCGGCUUCGAGCUUCUCAAAGUCUUUACUGCAUGUUCACCCUCCCUGAGCCCAUCAGACUGAGCCAGGAAAACUCACCAGCUGGCCUCCCCACACCCCUGCCACAUCCUGGCCCCCUGGACAAAGAAACGGAAGGCAGCCCAGCAGGCUCCCCUUCUCCCCUAGUAGAAGUCACUCCCAGCCUGCUGGACAAGGACAACUCCUUCGAGGACCUGGAGCAUCUCUUAGCAGCUCCAGACACCUGGGCCCGAGGUCCUGGAGGACUCACAGGGUCACAGCCCCCUGGCAAGAAGCCGGUGACAUUGCCCGAGCAGCUGAAGAGCAUUGUAAAGGAUGUGCACAACUCCAUCGACAGAUUGCUUUCCCUUACCCUCCUGGCAUUUGAGGGCUUAAACACAGCUGCUUCCAAGGAUCGAUGUCUGGCCUGCAUUGAGGAGCCCUUCUUCUCUCUUCUGUGGGCACCACUGCUGGCUCUCUACAGGAUUGUCUAUCAUACCCGAGAAACAGCUCUCAAAAGGAGUAUGGAGCUCUGUGGAAACAUGCCUCCCUCCGCCCUGGGCAUCGCCUCCAAACUCUUCCCUCAAGAAGCAGGGCUCAGAGGAUCAGGUUCCUACCCUUACUGUACAGCAGUCCAAGAGCUGGGCCUGAUGGUUCUGGAGAGGUGUCCUCAGAAGAAGCUGGAGUGCAUUGUUCGGGCUCUCCGAAUAAUCUGCGAGUGUGCUGAGGAGUAUUGUGGAGCCAAGGAGUCUCGCCUGCAACCCAGCACAAUGGCCAUCAGUGGUGCUGACGAUCUGUUACCCAUCCUGUCUUAUGUAGUUUUGAAGAGUAACCUCCCCCAGCUGGUGUCUGAAUGUGCAGCACUGGAGGAAUUCAUUCAUGAGGGGUAUCUGAUUGGAGAAGAAGGUUAUUGCCUGACCUCCCUGCAGAGUGCCCUGAGCUAUGUGGAAUUGCUGCCACGUGGGGCUUUGGUGAAAUAGCAGGAGAGAAGGACACACCACCCUGGCCUUGUUGGUCCAUGGAGGAGGAUAGAGCAGCCAUCCCUGGGAGAUCCCUAAAAACAAAGACCUACAGCCAACCCUCCUGUUCCUCCCACUCAUCCUCUUCCCAGAGAGAGCGUGGCCACUCCUGAAGUCAGAGCUGAGGGACCUCUCCUUCAAGUCUCAAUUUGCCCAUGGCAGGGCAUGGGCAGGGCU